CGGAAGGAGCCGUCAGCAGUCAGCGUUGGCGGGCGCUGCCGGAGCCGGUGGGCAGCGAUGGCCGGGCAGAUGGCGGUGCUGGGUUCGGCUAUUCUGGCUCUCUUGUUAGCCGGCUACCUAGCACAACAAUAUUUACCAAUGCCUACGCCGAAAGUAAUUGGGAUUGACCUUGGCACGACUUACUGCUCUGUUGGUGUCUUUCUUCCUGGAACGGGGCAGGUGAAGGUUAUUGCAGAUGAAAAUGGGCACAACAGCAUACCAAGUAUAGUCUCUUUCACAGACAGAGAUGUGUAUGUAGGAUAUGAUGGCCUAGAACUGGCUGAUUCAAAUCCUCAGAACACCAUAUAUGAUGCAAAAAGAUUCAUUGGGAAAAUCUUCACUUCGGAAGAACUGAAAAGUGAAAGUAGCAGGUAUCCCUUUAAGAUUUUCAACAACAAUGGAUCAGCCGAAUUUUCAGUGACAACUAAUGAAACCUUUCGCAUCACUCCAGAGCAUAUUGGCGCUCAGCUGCUACUGAAAUUGAAGAAAAUGGCAGAAGACUACCUUGGCAUGCCCAUUUCGAAGGCGGUCAUCUCUGUGCCAGCAGAGUUUGAUGAAAGGCAACGGAAUUCUACCAUUAAAGCAGCUAACCUUGCAGGGCUAGAAAUUUUGCGAGUAAUCAAUGAACCCACAGCUGCAGCUAUGGCUUAUGGACUCCACAAAGCUGAUGUGUUUAAUGUUCUGGUGGUGGAUUUGGGUGGAGGAACUUUGGAUGUGUCUCUGCUGAACAAGCAGGGAGGGAUGUUCCUCACACGGGCCAUGGCAGGUAACAACAAACUUGGAGGACAGGAUUUUAAUCAGAGGUUGAUGCUGUAUUUAUAUGAUCAGCUCCAUCAAAAGUAUGGUUCUCUGCCAACAAGAAAAGAAGAAAUACAUCGCCUCAGACAGGCAGUGGAAGCAGUUAAAUUAAAUUUGACUGUUCACGAGGCAGCUACGCUAAGGGUGUCGUUGACUAUGCCAGAAAGGAAGCUUACAAAAGAACUUCCAGAAAGUGAGGUAACAACAAAUACUGUCCUAAAAGGAAAGUCUUCACAAAAAACAAAAGAUCUGAAAAAUCUGGGAGACACUUCAAAAGUAGAGAACAACUUUGUCAAAGUUGUCUUUGAAACAGAAAUCUCUAGGAAGCAAUUUGAGUUGUUAAAUGAGGACCUUUUUGAGAAGAUUCUUGUGCCCAUUGAACAGGUGUUGAAGGAAGGCCACCUACACAAAGCGGAAGUGGAUGAAAUUGUGUUAGUUGGAGGCUCCACCCGGAUUCCUCAGAUACGCAAAGUCAUUCAGGAUUUCUUCGGAAAGGAACCCAACACCUCUGUAGACCCUGAUCUAGCAGUUGUAACGGGUGUGGCUAUCCAAGCAGGAAUUGUUGGUGGCUCCUGGCCUCUCCAAGUCAGCGCUAUAGAAAUUCCUAAUAAGCAUUUACAGAAGACUAAUUUUAACUGAAUAGAAACUCUUCCCCAUCGCAUUCCGUCUCUCCAGAAGUGUAAUCUGACGGUGCGUGCUUAUCUGACAGGCCCUGGAGCCUGAUCUUAGCCAUAUUAUAUUCAUUUUUUUUAUCCAUUCCAGUUAGGUGUUACUUGACGCCUAACUGUGUUAAAGCUAGGUGUUACUUUAAAGGUACGAGUGAUUUUCUGAAGGUCUGAAGUGUCCUGUAUUUGCUUGUAGAUUGGAUAUUGGAUGAAAAUGCUAGUGAUGAUGCACUCUCAUUUUCUUGCUAAAUUUUAUUAGCAAAUCCUGAAGAGGUGUAUGUUUAAAAUAUAAAGGGAGUGUGACCAAAGGUUAGAGGUAAUGUGGUACGGUACUGUAGGUAUUCCCAGGUCCAAUAUAUUUACUUUGAAAGAAUGUGAAGCAGUGUUAACGCACAUAGCACUAGCAGUGUUGAGCUUAAAUUUAUUUAUUAAAUUGAGUCAUUUGAGCAUUUAAGCACCUUUCUAAAAGGCAUGUUGCAGCUUGAAUGAGACUUAACGCAUUCACUUGAUUCUUCUGCUGUUCAUAACAGCAUAAUGGUAUCAUUGAGGCUAUAUGGCAAACUGUCUCACGUUUCAGCCAAACCAUAUUAAGAAACGUAGCUCUUGCCAAUGUUGGGUUACUUAUCUCCAAGGGCUUCCUUCCUGAUCUGUUUUUGACGGUUAAUGUACAGGUGCUGCUGAUUUAUUGUUUAACCUAUGACUACAUUAAAAUAGGCUGAUUAUUCUUCUGGCAGUAGGCCUGAUGUAUGGCACUGACAUAAAUAAUUUGUGCUGAUUCAGCUGUUUGCAUAGCUGUUGUCUGAACAUAUCUUUGAAGUAAUCCAAUUAAAAUCCUCUUAAAUUGAAUCACAGUUGCACACAACCAUUCCAUCAGCAUUGUUUAACUUCACAGAGGAUUCCUACAAUAUUGCUAACAUCUGUUUAAUUUCCCUGAGUUGAAAACCAAAGUGAUUUAUUUUAUUUUUUUAAUUUGAGGAUUUUUUUUUCAUUUGUACCUCUUUGAAAGUGACCCUGUCUCUAAGUCUGCAUGGAACUUCCAGUAACGUGAUAAUGUGUUAAAAAGAGUGUUAUAAACAGUGAGUGGUAAGAGACUCGGGUGAAUAUAACUGCAACUCCUGAGUUGAAAGAAGUGCCUCUUCAGUGAAAUCAUGGAUGAAUGCCAAUAUACAGUACAGGUCUCGUACGCAGUUGCUACUUGGGGCCUUGCCUUGCGGAUAUAAAUGUAUGUAUUUAAUUCAAUGUGUGUUCCAAUGUCUUUGGAGUCAUUGUGGCCUUUCCUUCUGUCCUGCUGUAAAUUCAUCUUGAGGUCUACUGGAGUUACAGUAGGUCUUUAGUCAUCUUUUUUUUUUUUUAUGCACUGUGUAAAAUGAGCAGACCUGUAUAAAAAUAAACACAUCGCAGUGAAGUUAAAACUAUAAUUUUGGGACGAGUUAGGUAGGAGUGUGGGAGUAACUUUAAACUGUUAAACUCUCAAUGCAAAUAAAUGAAGUACUUUUUUUUUUUUUUUUUCUUUCGCAUACUCCUUCACUCUGGAGGAGUUAAAUGUCCUUCAGUGUUAAUCUGGGAAUUGUAAGGAAAGGGUGAGUUGUUUACUUGUAAAAAAAAAAAAAAAAUUCACAAAAGGGUAUUUAUUCAGAUUUCUAUACAGAUUUUUUUUUUAGUAGAGAAGUUACUGUACAUUGGAUAUCUCACAAUGCAUCUUUAUUUAUUCUGCAAUCAAGUUAUUUAUUCUGUAUUUUUUUAUUUUAAGACUGUAUUUUGGCACAAACCAUUGAAUUUUAAAGAUGAGUCCACUGUCCUAAGUGGCUAUUUCCUGGUAUGCACAUGUACUGCUUACCAAAAGUCUCUCUUCAAACAAAUUGAUAUUUGAAGGCUGAAAUCUUUCUACAAACAAUCCUUGAAUCUGAGCGUGAUUGCCUGUGGUGUUAGGUAUGUAACAAAUUUAUAUAGCUAAACCUUGUUUUGUGAGUUGAAAUUCUGAAAGUAUAAGCUGCCUCACCAAUUGUAUGUUCCUGAAUUGUUUCCAAGUGCAGACAAUGAAAUGCAUUUUAUAAAUAACCUUUUAGAAUGUUUUUAAUAAAAGCAAUUUCUGUCCCUUGGA